UAGCUGUCAAUCUUUACUUUUCCCGCUAAAGUCGAUUGGCUGGGAGAAAUAGUUGGAUAUUUACACUGAAUUCAUUGUUUGUUUGUUGCUUGUCGCUGUUGCCGGUAACUUUGAGCGAUUCUUGAACCAACGCCAGUGAAAAUUAUGUCAACCCUCGAGGUGUGUGAAAAGUACUACGGUACGAAAAACAUUUACGAACUGUUCGGCGUCGAAAAAAGCGCGUCCGAUCAAGAAAUAAAGAAAGCUUACUACCGACUGUCGCUACAAACUCACCCGGAUCGUGUGCCGGAAAGUGAUAAGCAAGAGGCGACCGAAAAAUUUAAGGUUCUAAGCAAACUGUACAACAUUAUCAGCAACAAAGACUCGCGCGCGAUCUACGACGAGCGAGGCACCGUCGAUGAUGAUGACAACGCUAGCACGAACUGGUUAGCUAGAUGGCAACAGUUCUUCAAACCACUGACUACAGAGGACAUCGACAACUACCAGAAAAGCUACGUCGGGUCAGAAACGGAGCGAAAUGACAUCAAGCGUGCGUACUUGCGUGGAAAAGGUUGUAAAAACUCGAUGAUGUGUACGGUUCCGUUCAUGCAGUGCGAGGACGAACCACGCAUUGCAGCAAUUGUGCAAGAAAUGAUCGACAGCAAGGAGGUCCCAGAAUACAAGAUCUUUACGAAUGAGCCGGAAGCAAAGCGCAAGCAACGACACAAGAAGUACGCCCGCGAAGCCAAAAUGGCCAGCCAGAUGAAAAAGAAGCAGGAUGAUACGUCCUCGUUGGAGCAGCAAAUUGCACUCAAGCGAAAGAGCGCUUUCAGCUCCUUGAUUGAAUCGCUAGAAGCAAAGUAUGGCAACAAUGACGAUGAUAGCGACGAGCUUUACCAGAGUGAAGAGGAACCGCCCAAAAAACGGAAGAUGCAACAAGCAAAACGGAAUGUUCGUCAGGCAACGAAGACAGCUGCGAAAAAGAACGUUACGGUGUCAGCAAAGAAGAGAAAAUCAUCCAAGUAGGUUCGAGACCAACACAAAUAACACAAUUAUGAUAAAAUGUAUCGAUGUAUCGGCGGGCCAACCGACAGCUGGUUACCGAUUAUAGCCGGUUAACAUAAAUCGCUCUGCGGCAAAACGAGUAUAUAAUCCAACAUUAUUGAAACACCUAUACUAUUUGUACGCUUCAAAAUCACUAGUAUUUAAGCGAAUUAAUUUAAAUUUAACUCGUGAUAAAUCAGUUUUGAAAGACACACGAAUGUGGCUUUCUUGGCAUAUACAUUACGGUUUCGGUUCUAUAAUCAUCUUUGAUGCGAUAGUUGAACAGGAUAAGUUAAGAAAAAUAAUUGAAACAAAUCAAACGAUAAUGAAGCAAACCACUCUCCUCUUUUGUAACUGGUAAUUACAUUACAAUAAAGCAAUUGCAUGCAGUAUACUACAAA